CGGAACAGCUUGGCAGCGCUCUUCCAUUACACUUGCUUCAUUUUCUUGAUAAAGUAUCUGAACAGUACAGAAGCUAAAGACCGAUCGCUGAAGAAUCAUGGCAUUAAUACCGCCGGUGACACGCCUAACCGCCUCCAUAAUACGGAUACUCGGCUGCAAUCCCGGCCCAAUGACACUGCAGGGCACAAACACGUAUCUGCUGGGCAACGGUAAAAAGCGCAUACUUAUAGACACGGGCGACGAGAAUGUGCCGCAGUAUAUUGAGCAUCUGAGCGGGGUGCUGCGCCAGGAGCAGGCCUCCAUUGCCACCAUCAUACUGACCCACUGGCAUCACGAUCAUGUGGGCGGGGUCAAGGACAUUGUGGGAACCCAGCUGGCGGACAAGGUGCUCCUCAAUCCAGAUUGUCAGGUGUUCAAGUUCCGGCGCAGCGAUGAUGCCAGCGAUGUCUGCCCAGAGAUACCCAGCCACAUACCGGUGCAGCGACUGGAGGAUUGCCAGGAGUUUGCCGUCGAUGGCGCCAAAGUGCGCAUUGUCCACACGCCCGGACAUACCACAGAUCAUGUCGUUCUUACCACGGACGAUGGCACACUCUUUAGCGGCGAUUGCAUACUGGGGGAGGGCACCGCCGUCUUUGAGGAUCUGUUUGACUACAUGCGCAGCCUAGAUAAAAUACUGAAAAUACGCCCGGAGCGCAUCUAUCCCGGCCAUGGCAAUGUGAUCGAUGAGCCCGUGGGCAAAAUUGAGUAUUAUAUAAAUCAUCGCAAUCAGCGGGAACAGCAGAUACUGCAGUUCUUUAGCCAGCGUCCCGGCCAGCGCCUGCAGCCCAUGGAUGUGGUCAAGGUGGUGUACAAGGAGACGCCCGAGCAGCUGUGGCCCGCAGCAGCCUACAAUGUUGAGCACCAUCUGAGCAAGCUCACAAAGGAGCACAAGCUGCGGCUUAGCGAGCAGAGCGCGGAGAAGUUCUACGAGUAUCAGCCUAACAGUGCGCUCUGAGCGAUGCGCCCAACAUCUGUUAACAUAAUUAUGUAAAUGUUUUUUUGAUGCAUGUUAAAUAGAUUUACAGCUUUAUAA